AUGGCCUCGUUGCUUUUCUUUUUACACUUUUCCCUCGUCAGUCAUUACUUUUCCCGUUUUCCCAUUCCACUUCUGCAGUCCACGCCCUCAGUCUCUUUCUCCUUCAAGUCGGCUCUUUUCUUGUCGUCGUCUUCGUCGUCGUCGUCGUCGUCGUCGAAGCAUCUACCUUCUCCAUGCAUAGUCAGACGAACGCACAAUCCACACACAUUUCACCCACCACCCAUAUCUCUUGAGCGCAGCCUAUUGGGUGGACAGAAAGCGAUUAGUUUGCCCGUUGAGUUUGCCCAUUAUGUUUCCCUUGACGCCUUAACCUUCCUUGGAGCCAGGCCAGUACCUCACCCACAGGCCAACCUACUCAGCCCCAAUCUGGACGCAUUCGCCUAG